AUGCCACUACCACCACCUGGUCUGUCAUUCUUCCCCCCAGGGCAGGUGGCCCGAGUCUGUGAGGUCCUGCAGGAGAGUGGGGAGUUCGAGCGUCUGGCAUGGUUCCUUUGGGCCUUGCCACCUACCCUUGCCCACAGGUGCCACCAGGCCCCUCCAUGGGUGCCGGCCUGCCCUGAGCUGGAGCUGCUAGACCCCCACACCUCAGCCCUGCUGGCACCCUAUUUCAGCCAGGCCUCACCCUGUGGGGCCCCAGGGACCUUGGGGGGCCUGGACCAGUACCCAUCAUGCAGGAGACUAUCAUUCUCAGCCUUCCCCAACAGCAACAUCCAGCACAGGGCCAGCAGCUUCAAGGAGAAGACACGGAACCUGCUGCGGGAAUGGUACUUGCAGGACCCCUACCCCAACCCCUCCCGCAAGCGCCACCUGGCCCAUGCCACUGGCCUUACCCCCACCCAGGUGGGGAACUGGUUCAAGAACCGCCGACAGCGGGACCGUGCUGCCUCAGCCAAGAAAAGACUCCAGAAAGAUUCAUCAUCCCAGCCUCCCAGGGCUGAGAGUCAAGACAUCAUAGGCCUGAGUGACACCCCAUCUGUGCAGGAGCACAGCAGCGCCCUCAGCAGGCAGACGUAUCCUACCUCAACCAUCAGUGACAGCAAGAGCAGCCUAUGAACAGCAGAGACCUGCACCUGGCCAGGGGUGGGCAGUAGUCAUUGAUUUCCCCACCCCCCACCAUCCCCCUUGGAUGACAUGGAAGGAUGUAACCUGCAGGGGGAUCCAGCUAGAAGCCACAGGACAAGGAUUACCUGUGUAAGCAAAGGCUGAAUGAGCUCUCCUCUGACAUCUAGCAAUGAGCCAAGAUGAAAAGAUUUCAGGAACAGAUUGUAUUUGCAUAAACAUACCUACUCUUUCUAGGUGCACAGCAUGAUGGAGCUGCUUUGCCAAAGCAAUCAGUUUUUGCUGGUGUUGGGUUACAAAUCACUUUAUUGAAUGCAGGGAUAAUGAUAUGUUGUUAUCCUAAUUAUAUGAGUA